UGCUAAUCCGCCAACUGCAAUAAAAAAACCACUUAACAACACUAGCAGUUGCAGCGCACAGUAUAGUCAAUAAACAUGCCGGUACGCACGCAUAAUCCUCCGCAAGCAGCCAACAAUCCUCGUCCAGUCCACGCAUCCCUGGAGUUGGGAGUAUGGCCGGGGAAUAUGCUUUUUCUUUCUCUCUCGACUUCUCUUAGUAAGCGCUAACCCAUCGAAAUAUCAUUCUCUCUUUUCGGCUUCGGCUACGGCUUCGGUCCUUCCCCUCCUAAUUAGUCACCGUCACUACUAUUAUCCUCUACUAGUUCUCCCCUUCUCUUCAAACCUCCCAACUUUUAUUUAGAGCCGAAGACCAUCCUCAAGAACACUUUGGGAUGGGAGAUGGGACUGAGAUAUAUACGGUGGAUGAUGCUCUGGUGUCUAUGGGGUUUGGCAAAUUUCAAGGUCUUGUUCUUGCUUAUUCCGGGAUGGGCUGGGUUUCAGAAGCCAUGGAAGUGAUGCUGCUCUCCUUUGUAGGCCCAUCAGUUCAAGCAGAGUGGAAUCUCUCUUCUCACGAAGAGAGUCUAAUCACGAGUGUCGUUUUUGUGGGCAUGCUCAUAGGAGCUUAUUCUUGGGGCGUAGUUUCAGAUACCUAUGGGAGGAGGACAGGGUUCCUUUUUACUGCACUAGUCACAAGUUUAGCUGGUUUUCUCAGUGCUUUUUCUCCCAAUUAUUUGUGCUUAAUCGUCCUCCGCUUUCUCGUUGGUGUGGGAUUGGGCGGUGGGCAUGUGCUUGCUUCUUGGUUUUUGGAGUUUGUUCCUGCUCCAAGUAGAGGUGCAUGGAUGGUUGUUUUUUCCUUUUUCUGGACUGUUGGCACAAUCUUGGAGGCUUCACUGGCAUGGGUCAUAAUGCCAAUAUUAAGUUGGAGGUGCUUACUAGGAAUUUCCUCGCUACCAUCAUUCCUUUUGCUACUUUUCUUUUCUGUAACACCUGAGUCACCUCGAUAUCUCUGCACAAAUGGUCGACUGCAUGAAGCAAUGUUUGUUCUAGAGAAAAUGGCUUCAAUGAACAACAAAGUUCUUCCUUCUGGUGUGCUUACUCCCUCUUGCACAACCAGUCAGGUUAAUUACAGUCUUCAUACUUCUGAGGCCAUGCAUCUUAUUGCACUUGGAAAGCAUGAAAUUAGCAAUGAUGAAGAGACAAGCUCAAACAUUGGAGGCAUAAGUUCCUUAAAGAGGCUUCUAUCACCUAAAUUGAGAAGACCUACGCUUCUUCUUUGGAUUGUGUUCUUCGGGAAUGCUUUUGCAUAUUACGGCAUAGUUUUGCUAACGUCUGAACUAAGUGAUGUGAAUAGGAGAUGUGCAUUGAUAGAGGUUCAUUCGAGCCAACAACAAGAUGCCAACCUGUACAAGGAUGUAUUUAUUACUAGCUUUGCAGAGAUUCCUGGGCUGGUUUUGUCAGCUGCAAUUGUAGACAGGGUUGGUCGUAAAGUUUCGAUGUGGGCCAUGCUUUUCACAAGUUGUGCUUUUCUUGCACCCUUGAUAUUUCAACAGAAAGAAGCAAUGACAACGAGCCUUCUAUUUGGUGCUCGUACAUGUAUCAUGGGGAGCUUCACAGUUCUGUACAUAUAUGCUCCAGAGGUAUACCCAACCUCAGUGCGCAGUACGGGCGUUGGAGUGGCAUCAUCUAUGGGAAGGAUCGGCGGGGUUGUCUGUCCCAUCGUGGCCGUCGGUUUGGUAGAGAACUGCCGUCAGAUGGAAGCGAUUCUCCUAUUUGAAGUCGUGAUGUUACUUGCAGGAUUGGGUGCUUUUCUCUUCCCUUUUGAGACGAAGUGCUGUGAAUUGAGUGAUUCCUUAAACAGUUGUAAUUAAACUGGCGUGUGCCACAUAUAUUCUUCUGUUGUAUAACAAAUCUCAACUAUAGCUGCUUAUAUAUUUUAAAAAUAGAAGGCAUAUGCGCCUAAUCCUUGGAACUAUAGGAUAUUUGAAAAAUAGAAGUUGCAGUAAUAGGCUGAUUGGAGUCAGUGACAUUCAUUCUGUAUAU